ACUUUGAAGAUGCCUUUGAACACAUCCCAGUGGCUACAAAAAUGGACCUUAAGUGUGCUUUGGAAGAGUGCUCAGCAGCACUACAUUUAUUUCUUAACAACAAAUUUUCAGAAGCUCUGGAAUUACUUCGACCAUGGUCUAAAGAUAGUAUGUAUCAUGCCCUAGGAUAUAGCAGUAUAUUAGUUAUUCAAGCAGCAAUGACAUUUGAACAACAGGAUAUCCAAAUGGGAAUUUCUACACUGAAAGAAGCUUUACAAACUUGCCAAAAGUUUAGAAAAAGAAACACAGUGGUAGAGUCAUUAUCCAGUUUAGUUUCAAAACAAUAUCUAGAUCAGCUGAGUGAAGAGGAAAUGCAUGCAGAACUCUGUUAUGCUGAAUGUUUACUGCAGAAAGCUGCCUUGACAUUUGUACAGGAUGAAAAUAUGAUCAAUUUCAUCAAAGGUGGCCUUAAAAUCAGGACAAGUUAUCAAAUAUAUAAAGAAUGCCUUCAAGUUCUGCAGAUGACCCAAGGCAGCAAAUCCAAGAAUGAAAUAUUCCACCAGUUUGAAGGGGGCGUACAACUAGGAAUAGGAGCUUUCAAUAUGAUGCUGUCCCUUUUACCAGGAAGAAUUCUCCGGCUUCUUGAAUUUAUAGGGUUUUCAGGCAAUAGGGAACUUGGUCUUCAUCAGUUACGGGAAGGGGCUUCUGGUGCUAGUCUGCGGGCUAUACUGUGUACUUUCACCUUGUUGCUAUAUCACACCUUUGUUUCAUUAAUCCUUGGAACAGGGGAAGCCAACCUUGUAGAAGCAGAGGCUCUCCUUCAGCCUUAUCUUCAGAAGUUCCCAAAGGGUGCCAUGAUUCUGUUUUACGAUGCCAGAAUCAACAUAUUGAAAGGAAACUUCGAAAAGGCUCAGGCAACAUUCCAGGACUGCAUUGCAGCUCAGCAAGAGUGGAAACAGAUCCAUCACCUCUGCUACUGGGAACUGAUGUGGUGUUACUGCUUCCAGCAGAACUGGCUUCAAGCAUAUCGGUAUGCAGACCUGCUUUGCAAAGAAAGCAGGUGGUCAAAGGCAAUAUAUGUGUUCCAGAAAGCUGCCAUUUUGUGCAUGCUUCCUGAUGCUGAUGUGAAGACAACAGGAGAAGACAUUGUAGCUUUGUUUCGGCAAGUUGAAGGCCUAAAGCAGAGAAUUGCAGGAAAAUCUAUCCCAACUGAAAAGUUUGCUGUGAGGAAAGCACGACGCUAUGGCAGCUCCCCUCCUGUGAAACUAAUAGUGCCUGCUCUGGAAAUGAUGUAUGUCUGGAAUGGUUUUACAAUUCUUGGCAAGAGGACUGACUUCACUGAGAAUUUGUUAGUAACUAUUGAAAAAGAAGAAACUGCUUUAAAAAAUGAAACUUAUCACAAUGAAUAUUACAUGGAUGAUGUAUCUUUGCUACAACUACUGAAAGGAUUGUGUUUGAAGCAUUUAGGAAGACUCUUACAAGCAGAACUCUGUUUCAGCCAAAUUAUCCAAAGUGAGAAGCAAUUAAAGUAUGAUACCUAUUUAGCUCCAUAUUCAAUGUAUGAGUUGGGUCUUCUGUAUAAACAACAGGAUGAAAGAGAAAAAGCUGUAAGAUUUAUAGAAGCUGCAAAGAACAAUUACAAGGACUAUUCUAUGGAAUCCCGGUUGCAUUUCAGAAUCCAUGCAGCACUUAGCAGUUUGAAAGUGACUCCUGCUCCAACACCAUGAUGCCUUCAGAGGUUGAUGUGUAAUACGUCUCUGCAAGUUAAUGUUUGAAAGCCUACAAAAAUCAUGUAAAUGACGUAACAAAAAAUGUAGUUUAUAUUUUCUAUCAUUGGUGAUAUUUGAAUGUUUGCCUCAUCCUUGUGAAUGCUUCUUUUUUGUAUGGUUCACUUCCAUAUCUCAGCUUGACAUUUUAGAGGAAGACCUACUUGAUUUAUGGGAAGAUUGAUUUAAUGCUUGACACAAUAGGGGAGUAUUAAAAAAAUUGUUGGUGCAAUAAAGAGUAAUUCAAAUGAUUUAUUUUUUUAUGGAAAUACUAAUACUGUUUAUGCGUGAAACUGUAUGAUACAUUUGGUAAUAGUUUUGGCGUUUCAUAAAGGCUUGCAUUUCUGCAGUGCCUUUAUUAUAUAUUAGGACUAACCAAAAAUUGGCUGCUGGUAGCCCUAGAUGCUGUAUCUGGAUUUGAAGCUUAGAUUUACAUACCAAAGACUGAGUACCAUACUGUAGCCAAAAUAAGGCCUCAAGCCAUUUCGUGAAUGUUAGCCUGCAUUCAGUGCAAUAUCCUAACCCAAUCUCUAAAGGAAGUUAGAAAAGGACAUUGGGCUUUCGUGGAUAACCUAUGAGUGUUUUUAAAUUAUAGGAAGAAAAUCUUUCUCAGUGAUAAGGGUUAUAGUAAAGCAAAAACUGAAUAACAGAAAUGUUUCAGUUUUUUGUUCCAUUAUAUCUAUUUAAUUCGGCAAUCUUACUGAGAACGAACCAAACAAAAAUAUGCAACUAAUGUCCUGAAGAUUCUUAUGCCCCUCACUAACACUGGAGGUCAGCAGGUUUGAUUCUAUUUUCUUCCAUAUAUUGUAGCAAAAUUCUCAAAUUCCAAUUUCAUCAUCAAUAUUACUUAGGAAAUUGGUAUCCGUAAUGUUUAUUUAGCAUAUUACCUUGGUCAAAUUUUUAAAAACAUUUUGUACUAACAGGUAAUUAAAUAUUUUUAUUGUCCAUCUCAGUCUCUUAUUAAUAUACACAUACUUUAUGUUGAAGUAUUUUAUGUCACAGAACAUGCAGGAAAAUGACCAUAAUUGAGGGUUUGUAAAUGUUACCUGUCCAGGUUUAGUGUUUUCCCAUAAGAAUAAAAAUGUGGCUAAUGAAGAAUAUCUGUCUAAUGAUAGUAACUGUCCAUGUUACUGGUUUCAUACCAUACUGUGUAUUUACAGUAUAUAAAUACUGUGACUGUUUGAGAUUAGCCUUUUCCUUGUCUUUCUCACUCUAUAUUUAAAUUAUUUUAUUAGCUGCUAAAUGAAUGGAAAAGCUGGGCUUUUAGAGUUUUUUUAAUUGUCACAACUAUGAUGGACCAUACACAGUCCAUGUUCAUAAGCAGUCAUAGGAACACAAGAUAAUUUUUUCUAGAUUUCUUAGCAUGGGUUUUCUCCCUAUUAGCUCAUUGAAAUUGACAUUUUGCUUCUUGCUGUAUUUUAUUUUGCAAUGUUUUUUCCCCAUCUAUACUUCUACGCAGUUUAUGACACCUUUGAGUUUGAAAAAAAGCACACUUUGCGUAAAAUUUCCCUAUAUAUUUAUACUUUAGCUAAGAACUAACAGUAAAACCAAUUUAUUUGAGCACAUGUGGCUUUUUUGCUUUCAAUCUGUGUGACACAAUGCAUUUUUAAUACCUUAUUUCAACUGCUUACAGACAAACAUAUGUGAUUUCAAAAGAGAUUUAAUUGUUUCCUGCCCAGGGACUUCCUGUUUCUCAUACACCUAGACCAAAGGUAUUCUUCAUUUAUCAUUGUAAAUUGGCACUUUUGUGUGUGUGUCUGUGUUCAGAAUUUCCUAUCCAAAACUCCAUGAAUGUUAUAGAAUUACAUUCUGUUAGACGAGAACAUUGUAAAAAAUGUAGUCAUUUCUAGGUUUAAAUAAUUGAAUGUUCAACAUAGGGAUACAGUUACCAAAUAGGCUUAAAUCAGUUUUACUCCUAGCUCUAAUUUUGCAUUAAAAUUACUACGCCUGUUCUAUGGUUAUAAUCUCUGUAUUAACACUGAUUCUUUUAGUGUCAUGUUGCUUAGAUGUUCACUCAUAUUCUGCAUUGCACCUUUAGUAACAGCUAAUUGUUUUCACCUUCUGAUAGAACCAUUAGAGAUACAGUACCUGUUUUUAGAAAAGAAGUUACAAAAGAAUUUCAUUGGUGUAAAUUAUAAUGGCAAUGGUUCCCAUUUGACUGCACUUUUACCAAGGCCAGGAAAUAAUAUAGUAAAUAGAUGUAGAAAUUUUGCUAAUUGCAGCAAAACAGUCCAGCUUCUAUCAAAAAUUCAUGCUCUGGAACUGAUUUUAAUAUUGGACUACUAUGGAUGUAUGUUCUUAUACUGCCUGACUCAAAAAUCAGUAGUAUUCUGAUUGACUACUGUUUUUCUUGUCUUGAUUGCACUGUACUUUGUAAAGCUGUCUGAAGAUACUUGUUUUAAAAACUGAAUACACUAUAACUAUGUACAUUUACUUGGAAAUCAAGCUAUUUUGGUUAGGUAGAGCUUAGUUUUAAGUGAGUAUACAUAGGAUUUAAUGUGUUGACUACAGUAUAGCACAAGAGUUACAAUAGUGUAAAUGAGCAGAAUUUGAACAGAAAUUAUAUCUAAUCCUUGGUGUGAGUUUGUAAAAGUUUUGUUAUCCUGCCUUUCUGUGAUAGGCAACAAAAUAAACAUGUAUAUUUAAAUAA